AGUAUUCGGCUGGUAGCUGGAUUGAAUCCAUUGUGCUACAUCAGAUGGCCACUCAAACUAGCAGCGCAUCGUCUUCUCAGCUAUCACUUUCUCUUAUAAAAACAAUUAUCCUUAAUAAUUUUAUCCCAUUAUCCAGUGUUUCAAUCAAUCGUAUCUUUAUUUUCCCGGCAAAAAUUUACUCGGAAAAUUUAUAGUAGUAUUUAAGAAUCUAUGACAAAUUCGUGUCUGUGAUUGUUUUUUUAAAUUUUAAGAUGCGGUGAUUUAAUCUUUAUUAUUUACAUGGACCAAAACUGUUUUAUCUUGCGAUCCUGAUGGAAAACGUGAGCUUAACCAAAAAAAGGACGGGACUAAGUUAUUUUUAUAUGAUUUUCUUGGUAAUUUAUUCGGGGAUUGCAAGUGUUAAUAUUACUAAUGUAAGAAGAGGGAUUACGUACAAGUGAGAAUUUAAAAUUAAAAUUGAAUCACACUGAGGAUUUGGUUUAUUUGAUAUUAACUAUAUAGAAUUAUUAUUAUUAUGAUUGGUAGCUUUUUAUUCUAAAACUAAGAUAGAGAUAAUAAAUAAAAGUGCGCGUGAGUGUGUGACCUCGUAGGAUUUCCACGCCGCCGGUGUCAAACCUAUUGUAUGAAUUAUUGAUGCAGAAUUCAAGACAGUUCAAUUUGGAGAAAAUUUUACAAAAGCGAGUGAUGGGUAAAUAGAUAAUGAAGUGUUGAGUUAAGUAUUACUUAAAAAAAAUAAUGAAGGUGAGGAGACAUCACUUCCGCCGAUAGGAGGAAGUUAUGGUGUCUUACCGGGUGCAAUGUCUGUGGCUGCACCCGUGGCAACGUGGCACCGAGCCCACCUUUACAAGGCGCUCGCCUGCGUCGUUAUUGUGCUUAUCGCGCUCCAAUAUCUCCUCAGUGGCGCUAUAGAUGGACACUCUAUUGAGACCAUGUUUACUAUCAAUGCUUCCAGAUACACAGAACGUUCAUUCCGAGGGCAUCCGAGAGGUUUGAUUAUUUACGGUAUUACAACAGGAGUACCAACCUAUUCGGCAGAGACAAACACGAACUUUACUAAAGAAACAAUGCAGCCUGCUGUGGCACCUGAGGAUGUCAGCAAUGUCUCAAGAACGGAAACUAGUCCAACAAGAAACACAACUUAUAAUGGACCCAACGUCACUGACUCGUCAGUUAUAAAACAAUGUCCUCUCAUCCCACCUAACCUCGCCGGUCCAUUAGUUGUCAAUAAAACUCCCCCGGAGCUGUCAGUGAUCGAGGUGAAAUUCACUGACGUGAAACCAGGUGGAAAAGGCUCGCCGUCAAAUUGUAAGCCGCGAUACAAAGUUGCCAUUAUAAUUCCAUACAGAGACCGGCCUCAGCAUCUUCAAACGCUUUUAUAUAACCUUCAUCCUAUGCUACUUAAGCAGCAGAUCGACUAUCAAAUAUUCAUCGUUGAGCAAGAAGGUAACGGGCCAUUCAACCGCGCCAUGCUGAUGAAUGUAGGAUACGUUGAAGCGCUGAAGGAAAAAACGUUCGAUUGUUUUAUCUUUCAUGAUGUUGAUUUACUGCCGGAGGACGAUAGAAAUCUUUAUACUUGUCCUGAACAACCACGACACAUGUCCGUUGCGGUUGAUAAAUUUAAAUACAGACUGCCAUACGCGGAUUUAUUCGGCGGAGUGUCAGCAAUGUCACGAGGUCAGUUCCGGCUGGUAAACGGAUUCAGUAAUAUGUUUUGGGGAUGGGGAGGUGAAGAUGACGACAUGGCGAAUCGCAUAAAAGCCAAAGGCCUUCAUAUAUCACGCUACCCACCUAAUAUCGCACGUUACAAGAUGCUUUCACAUAGAAAGGAAAAAGCUAAUCCACGAAGGUAUGAAUAUUUAAAAACAGGUAAAAAAAGGUUCGCAACCGACGGCUUGACGAAUUUAAAAUACGAUUUAAUCGAUAAAAAAAAAUAUAAACUUUAUACUUGGUUACUUGUUAAACUAACGCCCCCGCAGCCCAGCUGAUGGCUACCUUGGUUUGGUUGAAAAAAAAUUCAGCCAACGGAUAAUAAUAAUUAUUAUCCACAUCCAAAAGUGAAAAAAUUAAAAGUUAAAGCGAGCAAGUUUAUAAAUGAAAGACAGAAGACUCGAUUUAAAAUAUAAUAUUAAUAACAAUAAUAAUUAUGAUGAUAAUGAUAAUGAAAAAGUAAAGUAAAAAGUGACGAGAUGAAUGAAAGUGAAUCAAAUGUUAUUACGUCGCACUGUACUCUGAGAUCCCAUAUUUUUUUAUUAAUCCCUUUUAAAAGUUAUCAAGUUAUAUAGUUAACUAGUAUAACGAAUUAGGAACUGUAUAAAAUUAAAAAUUAAAAAUUAAAAAUAUGAUAAAUAAUAAUUUUUAAACGUGCCAAAUGAUUUAAAAAUAAUAAAAUAAUUAAACAGUGUCUUAAUAUUUGGAAGAUAAAUAACUGUGGUGAUUUUAUUGUAUUUUUAAUAAUUGAUAAUAUUAGCGCGUAUUGUAUUAUACUUUGUUAAAUAUUUUUAUUUUUUACUAUUCGUGUAUAGUAAUAGUAUUAUUACGUGAUAUAGAUGUAUGUUUAAGUAAGCAUAUGCAUAUAUUUUUUAUCGAUUAUUAUUAUUAUUAUGAUUAUUAUUAUUGUUAUUAUUAAUUAUGAAAUAUUUAUUAUGGAAAUUUGUAGUGCGUUUUUUUUUUGUAUUGUAUUUUACUUUUCAAUUGAAAUUAUUAUUUGAAAUUGAAAAGAAACACUGUAAAUUAUUUAGUAAAAAUGAUAAUAAAAGACUUGGUGCGUGUUAAUUCCGACGGAAUGAUAAAUUGUUAAGAAUAUUAAUAAUUCUAUUAUUUAUUCACGGAAAAAUAGGUAGCGAGUCUUUGAACUUUGUGUGAAGAUAAAAAUUUUUUAAACCCAGUCACGGAAUUCUAGAUAUUAUAUUUUUAUUUUAUAAGUAAUAGAAUUAUUAAUGUUCGUAUUAAAACAAUUUCUAAUUAAUAAUAAUAAUAAAUAUUAAGUAAGUAAAUAAAUAUUAAAAGUAGGAUCUGAUUUCCAUGAUGUAAAUUAUUAGAGAGUAAUGCUUAUUUUUUUACUCGAGUAUUUGUUUAUAAAAAAAAAGUAAUGACUAUUAAAGUUCAGUGUGAUUUAUUCCAAGGCCCGAUGAUCUCUGAUGUAAUUAAUUAAUUACUGGAUGAAAAUACUUAAAUUAAAUAAAAUAAGUGAACUAUCUUCAGAUCAUUGUCUAGUUUACAAAAUAUAAUUUUCACCGUACGCGAAUUUGAAACUACAUAAUUCCGUUGUUGCUUUAUAAAAUAAAUCAUUGGGUUCAUAUCAUAUGUAUGAUAAUCAUUAUCACUUAUGAAUAUAAAUAUAAAUAUAUAAAUAUGAAGAUACUAUUAAUGAUUAAAUAAACUGCAUGAUACUUAAGAUAAAAAUAAAUGAAGUUUACGAAAAAUGUCAACUAGUAAGUCGAGGGCUGUGAAAAUGAUUAAAAUAAACGAUCAAACUCGUUGUGAAUCAAAGAAAAGCGAUUAAACAAAAAAGUUUAUUGACAGAACUGUUUAAUUAAUGAGCUUGUAAAGUUUUUUUCCAUCUAAUUAAUUAUUAUUAUUCUUAUAGUUGUUGAAUAAUUGUUUGUCACUAUUAUUGUAAUCAAAUUUGAAUGCAGGUGCUCAUUCAUUACGUUAAGUUUAAUUAAUUGUUUUUCGACUCCUUUGUAAUUAUCUUAAUGUGUGAUUGGAUUGAUAGAGAGAACUGACAGCUACAUUAUUGUAAUUUGAGAUUUGUUACACGAAAAAAAAAGUAAAUUAAAAAUCA